UUUUUUUCAGAACCAUUAAAAUUCUCGGACAAAAAGAUUCAAAGACCUCAUCAAAUUAGGGUUUUUGUUGGUCAAAAGACUUGAUUUUUUCAUAGGGUUUGGUUUCAUCUUUCAAUGCUGUUGGAGAAGGGGGAGGAGAGGCAGAAAUGAAAAAAGAAUCAAAGAAUACAGAUUUAUUUGAUCCAAGAACAACAAUAAUGGAUUCAUCAUCAGCCUCAGAUGUUAAUAAUAGGAGUAAUACUGAUGGGGAUUUUGGGUUUGCGUUUAAUGAUAGUAAUUUCUCUGAUAGAAUCCUAAAGAUUGAAAUCAUGGCUUCUGGGUUAUCAGAUGGAGGGAGUAAAUCUGAUGGAGAAGGUGGGACUUGUACUAGUCUUGCAGAUUGGGCUAGAAAUCGGAAAAGAAGAAGAGAAGAUAUUAAAAAAGAUCAAACCAAGAAUAAUUCUGCCACAGAAUUUUCUCUUGGUGGGGAUGAGCAGAUUUUGAACUUGAAUGUGAACGACGUGCCUGAUCUUGACGGAGUUGCUUAUGACAAUCAGGACGAGGAAGCUGUAGCAAUGAUUGAAGAAUCACACUCAGGUGACGAGGCUGUACCCAGCAAUGACUCAUCAUGGAGUAUGGAUUGUUCAACGGUGCUCAGAGUUAAGACAAUGCAUAUUAGUUCUCCGAUUCUAGCUGCAAAGAGUCCAUUCUUUUAUAAGCUCUUUUCGAAUGGCAUGAGGGAAUCAGAACAACGUCAUGUAACUCUGCGAAUUAAUGCCUCUGAGGAAGCUGCUCUCAUGGACCUCCUAAAUUUUAUGUACAGCAACACCUUAUCAGUUACCACAGCAACAGGUUUAUUGGAUGUGCUCAUGGCUGCUGAUAAGUUUGAGGUUGCCUCGUGCAUGAGGUAUUGCAGUCGGCUUCUGCGUAACAUGCCCAUGACACCGGAUUCUGCUUUGCUUUAUCUAGAGCUUCCUUCCAGUGUUUUAAUGGCUGAGGCAGUCCAGCCAUUGACGGAUGCAGCUAAGCAAUACCUUGCAGCACGAUACAAAGACGUUACCAAGUUCUCGGAGGAGGUGCUGAAUUUACCCUUGGCUGGGCUUGAGGCAGUAUUGUCCAGUGAUGAUCUCCAGGUUGCAUCCGAAGAUGCUGUUUAUGAUUUUGUGUUGAAGUGGGCAAAGAUGCAUUACCCAAAGAUAGAGGACAGGCGUGAGGUUCUUGGUUCGCGUCUUGGUCGCUUGAUUCGUUUCCCUUACAUGACCUGUCGCAAACUCAAGAAGGUUCUCACUUGCAAUGACUUUGACCAUGAUCUCACAUCCAAGGUUGUCCUCGAGGCUCUCUUUUUCAAGGCAGAAGCUCCACAUAGACAACGAACCCUAGCCGCUGAGGAAUCUGCAGUCACAAAUCGUCGUUUUGUUGAACGAGCAUACAAAUACAGGCCUGUGAAAGUGGUGGAAUUCGAGCUUCCACGUCAGCAAUGUGUGGUUUAUUUAGAUCUUAAGCGUGAAGAGUGUGUAAACCUGUUCCCAUCUGGCCGAGUCUACUCACAAGCAUUCCAUCUCGGUGGACAAGGUUUCUUUCUCUCAGCUCACUGCAACAUGGACCAACAGAGCUCAUUCCACUGUUUUGGCCUCUUUCUAGGAAUGCAAGAGAAGGGAUCAGUCAGUUUCGCCGUGGACUAUGAAUUUGCAGCUAGAUCAAAACCAUCAGAAGAGUACGUCAGCAAAUACAAAGGAAAUUAUACAUUCACAGGCGGAAAGGCAGUUGGAUAUAGAAACCUGUUUGCAAUCCCAUGGACGAACUUCAUGGCUGACGACAGUGUUUACUUCAUCAACGGAAUCCUGCACUUAAGAGCGGAACUGACUAUCAAACACUAAAUCUCUGGAGCACUCCCUCUUCUCCAAUUUUUAUUUCGUUUCUCAGUCCCUCCAAUGUCGUAAGCAUUAGCUAGAUGAUUAACUAGAUUUGGUAUGUGUAUGUUUUUCUUUCCUGGUCCAGGCAUCAAAGAGCUUAACUUGUAGUCCAUGAAGGAAUAGAACUGUAAAAAUGAGUGAAGCGAUUGUUUCUAGUUUUUACUCUGAUAUAUGAAGAGAAAACUUGCGACUGA